AUGCCUUCCCCUCUUGAAGUAGAGAAAAGUAUUCGAGCAGAUGUUUCCAUCAGCGAAAUAUUUAAUAUUGUUCUUCUUACCGCAACUGGUUUUUUGGAAAAAGACCCCGCUUAUGAUAAAUUAGCCGCUAAAAAGCAAAUACUUGAUAAGCGUCUACUGGAAUUUGACCUAGAAAAAUUAAGUCAAAUAUUAAUUCCUGAAAGAGAUGAGUUGUUUAAUUAUUUGGGAUUAGAAACUUUAAUUGCAAUGGGCUUAGCCAUAAAUGAGCCAGAUAAAAAUGAAAAAGCAAUUAGUUUCUAUCACCUUAUUUCUAGUUUGCGGUUUGUUCCCAGUACUCCAACUUUGUUUCAUUCCGGCUUAACCCGAGCCCAAUUGAGUUCUUGCUUUUUAACGACUGUUGAGGAUGACCUAAACCAUAUUUUUAAAUCCUUGGCCAAUGAUACCACCGGAGCCAUUAAUCGUUCUGGACGACGGCGGGGAGCCAGUGUUGCUUAUCUAGAAUUUGAAGAGAGAUAUAUUCACUACGAACAAGAGGCGGAGCAAGGAAAUAUCAAAUUAACCCAAAAAAUUUCAGCUGCUAAUAGUUGUAAUAUUCGCUCACCACAAGACCAUGUUGGAGUAGUUCAUUGUUCUAAUCUUUGUACUGAAAUUACACUUAAUACUUCGGCUCAGGAGACAGCAGUUUGUAAUUUGGGUUCGGUUAAUCUGGCUCGCCACAUCAGCGAAGGGAAAUUAGAUGAUAAUUUGUUACAAGAAACUAUUAAUAUUGCUAUUCGGAUGCUGGAUAAUGUUAUUGACCUUAAUUAUUAUCCAACCAAAGAGGCGGAAUAUUCUAACUUGCAACAUCGACCAAUUGGUUUAGGGAUGAUGGGCUUUCAAGAUGCUCUUUUCCAAACAAAUAUCAAUUAUAAUUCUCCAAAAGCACUGGAGUUUACUGACCAUUUAACGGAAAAGUUCUCUUAUUACGCGAUUUCAGCCUCUUCCCAAUUAGCCCAAGAAAAGGGAACAUAUGGUAGUUAUCAGGAAGAUCUGAAAGAGCGAGUAAAAAAGCAUGGAAUGAGGAAUUCUAAUACUAUGGCAAUUGCUCCAACUGCUACUAUUGCUAAUAUUGCUGGUUGUUAUCCUUGUAUCGAAGGGAUCUAUAGCAAUAUCUAUGUUAAGUCAAAUGUAGCCGGAGAAUUCACGAUCGUCAAUAAAUACUUGGUUGCAGAUCUAAAAAAACUUGACUUAUGA